AUGGCUAAAACACGUCGUGAAUGUACCGAGAUCAAAGCUUCUUCGAAGCGUGGUAAACAACAAGAGUCAACAGAUUUCAAUACAUGGUUUGCCGAUGCAAGCCAACUAGCAGUAUGUGCAGCAGUCUACGUUCUAGUCACCUACAACGAUGGGAAAACAUGUCAUAACCUACUAGUUUCAAAGUCUCGUGUAGCCCCGAAGAAGGUUUCUAUACCAAGCCUAGAACUUGUUGCUGCCCACACGCUCGCCAAGCUGCUAGGUCAUGUGAAUCACUCCCUCAGUUCGUUGGAUAUUCUGAAGGAAAAUCAAUUGUGGUCGGACAGUUUGACAGUCUUGUACUGGUUGGCAAAUAUGGGAACAUCUUCUAUGUACGUGCGGAAUCGAGUGAAAGCAAUCCAUGAUCUGGGGAAUUUCACCUGGGAUUAA